UCCCAUCGCUCUAUUCUUCACUACUUGUUCUUCGGCAUUAACUAGCUCCAGCAGCUUCCACCUCCACCCCCCUCCUCGCCAAUCAUGGCUUCUGCAUCCAAACUCCUCUCCGUCUUGUUCCUCCUCCUUGCCCUCUCCAUGCAGAUUAAUGCUCGAGAAUUCUUCAGCAAAUUCUCAAGUGUGAACACCAACAACAACGUUAAUGACAAAGAGACAACAACUUCCAAUGAGCAGCAGCCAGAGACCUUCCUCCCAGAGAACCAAAAAACUGAACUCCCCAAAAAGGAGGAGCAGCAGUAUGUUACCAAGCAGCAGCAAGAGCCCACUUUCCUUCCUCAGACCCAAACCCAGAGCGGUUACGGCCUCUACGGCCACGAGUCUGGCCAGUACCCUCCAGAAACCACCACCACCACCACAAACAACAAAGUCACUUAUGCACCAUAUGUCACCCCCAUCAGAUCUGGAACUUUUGAGAACUACCCCAACACCAACACCAAUAACAACAACAACAAUUACUAUUAUAACAACAACAAUGCCUACGAGGCUGACCAGCAACAGAAUUUGGGCGGCGCCAGGUUUGCUGAAAGCGGUAGUUACAGGACAACCGCCACAAAUGAAAACAAUUACUACAACGGCAAUGGUUACAACAACAACGCGGAGAGGCAGGGCAUGAGCGAUACAAGGUUUAUGGAGAACGGAAAGUACUUCUAUGAUGUCCAGAACGAGAACAACUACUACCAGAACCAGCAGUCCCAGCAGAAUACCAGAGUACCUUCGAGGACUGAGUACAGUUAUAGCAACAGGGGAGCUGGUUACUAUGGAAACAAUGCAAAUUCUUACAAUCCCAUGAAUGACCAGAGGUACGAGAAUCAAGAAGACUUCGAGGAGGAGUUCGAGCAUUGAACAACGGAAAGCUGAAGAAUGUUAAUUACCGUGAUGAGCGGUGUUAGGCAAGUUUAAUUUAGAGAAAUUAAGAGUAAAGGAGAAGUGCAUUUUAAUUUAUUGGGUGUUUGUGAUUACUUUUCUAUGUUUUUUUUUGGGAGUUUGCAUACUACUGUAUCAUUUCCAAGCUUUGAAAAAGCUUGGGAUGAGAUUGAUGAUAUGGAUCGUUAUGGCUUUUGUUUUAAUAUAAUAUUAAUAAAAAU